AUGGCAUCCAAUGGGACGGAGGGGUUCUGGUGGCGGCAUGCUUUCCUUCCUCCUGAGGCCUUCUUGGAAAACAGAAAUAAAAACGGCAAGCAAGUACGGAUACCUUUCCCUCACAUCUACACUGCUUCCUCUGGAAUACAUGCUCCGUACACACAUGCCACUGCGUUAAUCUCAUCGACGGCAUUCUGGGCGAUGCAGCAAAAUGAAGAGCAACGCUUGGCAUCCUCCGUCCUCUCGACAAGCCCAAGCCCAGACUACGCCAGUGUCCAAUAUCCCACGUCCAUUCAGCAAGCCGUAUUCGCGAAGGUUGCGGCCAAGACGGUGCGCAGCCAAGAAACGACCAUAGACACAAAAGAGCACGAAGCGUUACCAGCAACAAAUUGUCACUCAAUACUCCGUACCCAGUACUCCGUACACAGCAUGAAUGAUGGGAUGGGACCGGAGAACGCCCUCGAACACCCUCAUCUCACAAAUUCUCACCCACCUGGCUCGCUCACUCUCACCACUCUCUCACUCUCACUCUCACUGCUCAGUCCCGGUUUACCUCACCAGUCUCUCUCUCUCCCAUGCUUCUCAAACCUAAGCUCACGGUUCACCUGCACAGUACAAAGUACAGGCUACGGUCCCUCAUCGGCCCUUGUCACCCAAGGGCCAACACCGACGAGCCCUGCCCUACCCUGCCAUCCGGAUCCUGUCCACCCCUCCAUUUUUGGUCUGGUGCUCUGUGCGUCUAGCUUGCACUGCACCUCAACCCGCGCACCAAAGCACAUCAGACGGGACGGCAUUCUGUGCCUAUCAUCGGCUGCUGCACAAGACUGGAGCAUCACCCUGCGACUUCGCACCAUGCAGUCCUUAAGCAGUAUGCAAUACUCCCUCCUCUGCCAUUCGCCCAAGGCCAAGGCUUCACCACCUCGUGGUCCGGACCUGGCCGAGGAGAAAAUGGCCACCAGGGCGAACAAGAAUCGCCCGAAACCGCGGGUCGUGGAACCCGGAAAGAAGCCCCAAUGGAACAUGAAGAAAUCAACGAUCAACAUGAGCGGGUACGGAGACUGUACGGAGACCAAAGAAACACCAAUCGUCGGUGUUGGCAUUAGCAUUCACGUAGUGCCUCCAUUGGCGAGCAACACAAGCAGGCUGGCAGCUUCAUUCUUGACCAUCCAUGUCUUAUUCCACAGUAAAUACCAUAGGUAUUGCCAGCGUACGGGUACCAAUUCAGAGCAGUAUCCUCUCAUAUGCCGCCUACGGCCUGCGAGUCUGAAGUGCCCUGAACUGCUGGGCUUGCUGCGGGUACGGAUGAGGGGGGGCGUAUUCGUGGAUGCGCCGCCGGCCCCAACGUGUGUCGUGACUACAGUCAAUGAUCAAUCCCAAUUGAUACAGCACAGUACAGCACAACGCCAGCACCACCACGGGGUUGACAGACGAGACAAGAUCAGAGGGCGUGAACGGGGGUCCUUGGAACAGGAGCAUGGGGGUUCCAACUCCGACUCGUUCAUUCACAGACGGACGAAUGAGACACCGCUGGAGGUUGACUGGUCCAAGUGGUUCCCUUCCUCGUCCCUGCUUUUCUCUGGAACCGCCUAUGGCUUGGUCUCUGGAGAAAAGGAAAUGCGGAAUGAGUUUGCCCUCGCGUAUCUGCGUAGCGCCGCAGGAGCCCAUCUAGGCCUUCUGUCUUGCUGGUUUUCUCUCCGUGUAUUUCUCUUGUCGUGUGCCUCACUAACCUCCGCCGCCGGUCCCCUCACAUCUUGCCCAGCCAACGACGCGCGAAAGCAUUGGCCGCAUCCGCUCCAGGUACUCGAAUCCACAGCACGCGCUACACAUAACGGCAUCCGCAUAUGCAAUCCACCCUGCACAUCCAUGCCGAACCCGAUAAUGACGAUGGCACGGAUGGGUUCUUUGCUUCCUUUGGGUCGUGGACUCCUGGGGGAAGGGGGGAGGAGCCCAUAUCGUGACCCUGACCCGCACAAUAUCCGUAUUCCCGUGUUUCUAUCCGUGUACGGAUAUCUAUCCACCAAAUGGAUCAUGGGGACUAGGCCCAACGAACGGAUCAACAUAAUGACAUUACAAUAUGACCUAGUCCUGCCGAGGCAUCUUGGAGGACGACUCAUUGUCAUCUACCAACCCAAUGUUUCGUCUUACUCAUUCCAGGAUCAGAGAAACAACUGGAGCACAUGCGGAGGUGGAGGAGCGGAAUCCGUCAACCUGACAAUGCCGCACCGCAGUCAGAGGCUGCGGACAAGUGCGAUUGCGGCUGCGGCUGCGCUUUCCACAUGGAUUUGGAUGUCGAAAAAUGCCCUGCCUGUCAGUUCGUGUCUCAGAGGCGCAUUUCGAAAGCCUCCAGCUGACGAAGAUGAGUGCGAAGCAAUUUGCUACUGGUCGAAUCCGUUACAAAACAACGUAAGCUCAGGGCUUCACGCCGUCGAGAUAUCUCGUUCGGGGGCUGCCAGGCACAGUGGUACGCCGAUACAAUGGAGGUUCAGUAGGUACGGAGUGCAUGCCUCAGACACGGUACGUACACAGCAGCGGUAUGGCGGAAACAACGAGAAACAAGAAUCAGACGGCAGGCGAAGGGGUCCACGCUCCCCUCCACCCCCUCUGUCAUACCUACAGUCAUGGGAAGAUCCCAGAACGUUAGGUGACCAAAGGCCCUCUUCUUCUGCCAUUCUCCAUUGUUCCAAGCUAUCCAUUCGACGGGCUCCUCCAGUUCUGCCCUCCCUCUUCCUCCUAGGCUCCUCCACCUCCACCACCCCGAAUCCGCGAUUCCGCCCAUUGUUACUAUCACCCACACGCAACCCUUCAAUCCAAGAGAGACCCAAUCCGUCCAACCAGCCGCAAUUCUCCAGGUGGCCUAGUGGGCCUGUCAGGGCUCUUCCUCGGAGCGCUGUUCAGGCCGGAGGGGCAGCCACACCGUCACUGGGCACUCGAGACCCAGCAGACAGCAGAUCGAAUACGCGCCCCAAAGGGCCGACAGGGCCGACUGGCAUCCUGCUCGUCGGCUGCUACGGCGCGAAAACAGGAGGGCCUCUUCCGAUCACUCAGCACACCAAACGCUCGGCAGACCCGGCACAACAUGACGCCCUCGCCUUGAGGAUGCUUGUGUCGUUGUCUAUCAAGCACCUCGAUUCACGUGGUGCCUCACCAAGUAUGUACAGCAACAGGUACACGAAGCAAGAUGAAGCAAAGUUACUGGUCAGGCAGUUUACGAGGAGCGAUCGUGUCACAUCAAUCUAUCAGAUGCCAUGGUUUCGCUGGAAAGCAGAGGAAAGAUCGGUGAAGCACCGGUUUUCACCACAGCGGCAUUUGCGUCGAAAGCAUCACCUUGAAACCCUCCCAGGUUCGCUAUGGCAAUACACGCGACGGCAGUCCAAAUACUCGAGCCACCCGGACGCCACAUCCUUGUCAGUGGUUAUUCGGCUGAGGAUUCUUGACUACAGACUAGACUUUUCGUUGUCGCUCUCGCUUGUACUGGCCCAAGUGACAAGAGCCACCCCGAAUCCCGAUAGACUUUACCAACCCCCAGAUCUGGUCGAGCCUUUCUGUGUUCGCUUCAAGCUCCUACCGCUGUACACCUCAGCAACCAUCACCACCAGUCGUCAUCUCGGUCUUGGCUUGCUGUCUGGUGUCAUGAUUCUGCAUCUCGCGGACGACGGCGUUGAGAGGAGGAUUCAGUCUGCUCUCGAGUCUUGGUUGACCGAUCGGCCUUUCUGCCAGGUUACUACUCACUCUCGUAGCCAAGACCGCGUUGACUGGUCCAGGUCCCCAAUUGUUUAUGGAUCGCCAUUCGAUAAACGCUAUCGCAACUUGCUAGGGGUUCCUGGUUUGAAGAUAAACGGCCCUAAUAUGAACCCUGCGCAAAGCCCCAGCAUCUCCGUACACUGUUUGCCUCGAGUCCUCAGGGAGUACAGAGCACUCUGA